AUGGUGUUAAGCUAAGAAGAUUCAAAAAUAUCAAAUACCAAAAAAGUUAAUAUUGGUUGUUUGAGUCCUGGUACAUAAUUAAAGAUUUAAUUUGAAUGCAUCCAACAAUUUUAAGUAUUUCUGAAUUAAUUUUGGAAGUUAGAAUUGUCUUCUAUGAUAGAUACAAGUUAUCUUAAAGUUUAUGAAUUAAAGUAAACAUCUACAAAUUAUGCUUAAUAAUAUUUUUUUAGUGAAAAUACAUGUCAACAUAUAAGCAAUAAAAUUAAAUUAUAAGUAAAAUAUUACUGUAAUAAUUAAUAUGGAAAACCAAUUACAUAUGCUAAAUCUCCAACAAGCUCAAUUGUACUAAAUUCUGAUAUUAAUGUCAAAGAAAAAUAAAUUGAUUUAUAAACUCCUUUCAACUACAUAAUUAUUACUUUAAAUAUGAUUGAUCCUGAAAAUAUGGCACCAAAUAAAAAGUUUGAAUUAUUAUUUUCCUCAAUGAUGUUAAUAACCCUUAUGCAAUACUCAGCCAUACAAAUAAUGAUGCUUUAUAACAUUUCAAAUAUUGUACUACUCUAACCCUCAUUCCAAAAUUUAAUGAAUUUCCAAUAGACGAUGCCUAUCAAUCAUAUAUAAAUGGUUUAAAUUUAUCUUCAUAGGCAAUAAUCUAAAAUGGUUGUUAUAUAUUUUUUAUUGAUCGUAGUUGUUCAAUGAGCGGCAUAAGGAUUCAAAAAGCCAAGCAAUCACUGAUACUGUUUCUGAAGAGCCUUCCUGAAGAUUUUUCUUUUAACAUAAUUAUAUUUGGUAGCAAUGUAUAAAAGAUGUUCGAUAUUGCACAAGCAUAUAAUUAACUAACACUAAAUUAGGCAAUAAAGUAAGUUCAAGAAAUGGAUGCAUAUUUUUGGGGAACUAAUAUUUUAGAAGCAUUGGUCUAAGGCAUUUAUGAUGAAAAAUAUUAAAAAACCAAAUGUAGUCCAGAAACUCUACUAACAGAUGCUCCUGAAGAUAUCAUUAAAUUGGUAUCUAAAAAUCAAAGACCUGAAACUAGAAUUUAUACAUUAGAAAUUGGGAAUAAUUAUAGUGAGUAUUUAGUCUAAAGAUUAGCUGAUGUUGGAAAUGGAAAAUGUUAAUUAGUAGGAAAUAAUGAGAAUAUUAAUUCUAAAGUUAUAGAUUUGUUAGAGGAUUCCCUAACUUAUUAUUUAAAGGGAUUUUCAUUGAUACAUAAUAUUGACAAAGUUUCAUAGAUUAUUCCUGAUCCAAAAUCAAUAACUUAAUUAAAGAAAAAUCAAGAAUUAACUUUAUAAAUUUUAUUUUCAAAAAAACAGAAAAAAGAAAAUUUAGAAUUCAAAAUUAAUUGUUUUGAUCCAUAAAUGAAUAAAUAAAUUUAAUAUAAAGUUAAAAUGAAUCUUAAUAGUUCCAAAGAGAAUGAAUAUUUUCAUAAAAUAGCUGCUCAUAAACUAGCUGCUCAUAAACUAAUAAGGUAUUAUGAAAAAUCAAUUUCCUAUUAAGCUAAAUAAAUGGAUACUGUUAUGAUCAAUGAAAAAUGA